UUUGUUUUCUCUCUGUCUUGUUAUUUUUAACCUAGCGCUUUUAAAAAAAAAAAAUAGACCCCAAUUUUUCUCAACCCAGUAUCGGAUUUAAACCCCAGCGCAUUUUCAUUAUGCCACUUCUUUUCAGAAUAAACUGCUUUUAUCGCAAUUUGUCACCAGAGUACCUUCGUCUUUUUGUCGCCCACGGCGAAUUUAGCCCAGAUCUGACCCAGGUUUAGUGUUUUUGCCUUCACAGCAUCCCAUGUGUUAGUGCGAGCCGUCAGUGGAUAUGUUUUCGGCAGGAGAGGAGGUUAAUUCCCAUUUGUUUACCUCACUGAGGGAGUCCCAUGGAGCUGCAAUCUCCCCAACACUGGAGCUCAGUCUAACUACCAUCUACACCGUCCUCUACUCUUUCCUGUUUGUUUUCGUUUACCUGCAGCUCUGGCUCAUUUUGCACUACGGACACAAGCGCUUCAGCUACCAGAGUGUGUUUUUGUUCCUGUGUUUGCUGUGGGCAGCGCUGAGGACGACCCUCUUCUCUUUUUACUUUAAAAAUGUGGUGCAGGCCAACCAGCUGCAGCCUCUGGCCUACUGGCUGCUCUACUGCUGCCCCGUCUGCCUGCAGUUCUUCACACUUUGCCUACUCAACCUCUACUUCAUACAGGUGAUGUUUAAGGCUAAAGCCAAAUAUUCACCAGAGCUCACCAAAUACAAGGUUCCUCUGCGUUUGCUCUUCCUGUGUCUCAGUAUAUUUUUCCUGGUGGUAAAUUUAACUUGUGCAUUGUUUGUACAAGGAGCUCUGGAGCACUCUGAUUCACCGAGUGAUGGGGGUAUCAGACAUGCAGUCCUGGCCCGGGUCUUGAUCAACGACAGUCUCUUUGUCCUGUGUGCUGUUUCUCUGGCUGUCUGCAUCUUUAAGAUUGCCAAGAUGUCCUCUGCCAACGUUUACCUUGAAUCCAAGGGAACAUCGGUGUGCCAAGCCACAGCCAUAGGAGCCGUGGUGAUUUUGCUCUACACAUCCCGGGCCUGUUAUAACCUGGUGGUGGUGGCCCUCUCACCGCAGGAUAGACCCAGUCCCUUCAACUACGGCUGGUACAGCGUUUCUGAUCAGGCUGAUGUGCAGGAGAUCAGCGGCGAAGCCUACAUCGCGUUUGGUAUAAUUCUGUUUUUCUGGGAGCUGCUACCUACAAGCUUAGUGGUGGUUUUCUUCAGAGUCCAGAGACCAAACCAAAACCUGGCUCCAGGAGGGAUGAUCAACAGCCACAGUUUCAGCUCCAGAGCUUAUUUCUUUGACAACCCUCGACGGUACGAUAGUGAUGAUGACCUUUCCAGAAGCAUUAAUAGUAGGACAGAUCGGGCCAGUCUCCUCUCCACCACUCCCCAGCUGGGUGCGUCCACUUGGUAUGGCUCCAUCCAACCCAGCGCAACUCUGACAGCGGGUGUUGCGUCCACCCAGCAACCGCCGUCUUCCACGGCCCCCCUCCUUUUCGCCUAUGGAAACAUACAGGGUCACCAUCACCACCAUCACAACUACUACUCCACACCGCAGAACAACUACCACCAUCAUCAUCACAACAUCAACGUCUUUAAAUGGCUAUAUGGACAUAGAAUGAAAGCAAGUGCAGGCUAUGGACCACAGGUUUAGCACUAAUAUGGCUAAUACACCUAAAACUGCAAAGACCAAACUUGUUCUGUCAAAUGUUUUGGUCAGAUUAUCAUUUCUGAGACUGGAAUUAUCAGGGACUAGAUAAUCAACACUCAUCAUCCUUUCCCCCUUUUCCUUGUAAAUUAUAUCCAAAUGUGCUCCUAUCAAAUGUACCAUUCUGCUCAGAAAGGAGCUAUGUAGCUGGCUUAUCAAGCUAACGUGGCUAACCCUAAGCUGCAGUGGUCUGAUAGUCAACAGCUCUGGACGUUAUAUUCACUCAGCUUGGGCGGUGUGGUUGUGUUUAAUGGGCACCUAUAUGAUACAAUCUUUUUCAUUUGCAUUAAAAAAGGGUCAUUUAAGCUGGAAAAGAACAGUGACGGAUGCUGGUCUGUUAGCCUGAUCCUCAAAAAGGCUUUUCUGACAAUAUAAAACAAAUGAUAUGCAUCUACAAAGGGCAUGUCAUGGCGUUUCUCACUUUUAGGUCUGGUUACAUACGACAGGAAUUAGCUGUUGCUAAUUUGCCAUUAGAUGAUGUAGCAGUGAGAGCUAGUUAAUGCGAACAGUUAGCUUAAACUCAAUCUGUUUAACCAAGAAGAUUCUCAGCGACCUAGCAAAACAAUACAAUAAGCUAAUAAAACUUAACCCAUCACAGACUUGGUAAUAUUAUUUUAAUGUCAAACAGUGAUUGUUAAUUUCGGUGCCACAAAAAUAUAAAGUUGUAAAAACACAGUUAGCGAGCUUGAGACUUUAGGCAGUCACCUUAGCGGAUUCUUGUUUAGUUUGACAAUGUUCAUAACUAACAGAAAUUCAAAAUACUGGUCAGUUUAUCUUCACAAAUAUCAUCCAUGUAAAAUGCUUACAAUUUAUAUGUAGCUGCCAUAUGGGUGUUCUCUCUUAAUAGCACAAGCUUGUACAAGUGUGUAAAAAAUGUAACAUCAAACAAAUUAAUUAGGGGUGGAGGUGACUUUAAUAAUGACUCCGGCGUUAACAAAAUCUCUGUUGCUCUGUUACAAUUCCACUGCAAAUCUAGGUUACCCACAAUUAUAUAAUGGAAACUAUGUGAAAAUGUAAGACAGGAGUGCCAUGCACUGUCAAGUUGUUGAAUGUUAAAAACAUAUCACAGAUUUACUUGCAGUAGCAUUAUCAGUAUCAUUUGAACAUGUGGAUAUACAGUAUGACAGAUCAAAGGAACAGUAUGUAUUCUACAUUCAACAUUGGAGUAGAAAUCUGCCCUAGGAUUGUUCAUUAACAGGGUGGAAGUCUCUAAAACGUACUUUUGACCAAAAACAUUUUGUGGAAUCUAAUCCUAUCGGAGCUGUGAGGCAACAAUUUGCACUUAGAAGACAGUCACCUUGAGAGGAAAGGCUUUGGGCCUGAAUGUAGGAUUUCAUCUCCUACUUGUUUUAUGUAUUUUCUUCAGUAAUCGUCUGUAUUAUAUAUUUUGCUAUUUAUCCUUUCAGAAAGGACAUAUCAAUGUGCCAUCACAUUUUGUCAUAUCUAACAGUUUCAUUCCUUAAGAAAAAUAUAUUUUUGCACAAGAAAUGGUUGGAUGGUGUAUGUUUGAUUGUUUUGAGUGUCUCCAAGUUAAUCAAUUUCUAAUCCAUGUGUGUUAAGUGACAUCUUGAGUCGAUGUGUGUGUGAGAUCUUAGAUUUUUGUUUUUGAAGUUUAAUAUGUUUUUAUACAUCUUUUUUUAUUUUACAUUAAUUUGUUUGAUUUUCUUUUUUUCCCCCCACUUUCCCUCUCUCCUAUCGUUUUUCAUAAUCUCAUGAAUUUUCUGAAUCUCAUGAUAGACUGCAGCCUGUAAGCAAUAUUUCACUUUGAUGGAACAUUUUCAUAUAUGCCAAAAUCAGUGUAUCUGUGCUAACUAAGUUUGUCAGCUGUCAUGAAACUCAAUCUGUAAAUGACAAUGUAAAGUUUGACAUCAUACAUGAAAACAAACAAAAAAAAAAAACAAGUUUCACAGGACACUUUCAAAAAUAGUAAUGAAAAUGAAGUUAUCAGUGUUCAGCUGCUUGCCUAUUUCAGAAGAAUUAACAUCUACUGUGCAUGCUUCUGCAUCAGAGUGCAAGAAAUCAGUGUCAUAUUUUCUUUCCAUUGUGAUAUUAUUUGUGUAUUUGCUCUAUCUGCUUUAAAAAAAAAAGGCAGUGGUACUUGUUUUAUUAAUUGUUUUAUCCGUGGCCAUACUGAAUGUAACCUAUCGUACAACAGAUCACUAAUGAUGUAUGCAAGAAAAGCACUACCAUGUUUAAAUAAAGGCCUACUGCACUGUU